AACAGUUUCGGAGGUAUUUGUUUUGGUCUUAUCAGCUGACUAGUGGGAGAAUGGCACACCUCUGAAACAAGACAAGAUGAAAGAAGAGACAGAGGACCCAAAGCAAGCAGUUAUUCAAGAAUUAGCUGAGUGCAAGGAUAAAGAAAAUUUGAAUUUCAUCAAUGCUCAUUUUUUCAGUCUUCCAUCACAGGGCAAUGUGUAUACGCUCACCCCCUUGACAGAUGCCAAGGGAUUUACAAAGAUUUUGGUUGCUUCCCUUCAAAGAAAGGUGUACUGCUUAGAGUAUACACAUGGGAGGCCUUGCAUGAGAGAUGUUCCAUUUACCUAUAUUCCAGGUGGGGCUGAAAUUGUCUCCAUAGAUGCAGUCAAUAGGUCCAUCAUCCAAGAAGAUUUUAUUAUUGGAAUUACCAUCAUCAAGAAAGAUGAUACUACAGGCCAGCAGAGUCACUUCUUCAAUAUCUACUCUGACUGGGACUUGAACUCAGAUAGUGCCUUGGAUGUUGUAUCCCAGAAUUGCUUGCCUUUGGAGUUAGACUUUGUUCCUUACCAUCUCUAUCACACAAAAACAUUGGGGAAAAAUGGAUGGGAAACCGUAUGGUUGCUGAGUGGCAGUGACUGCACCAUCCAUCUCUACCAGUCUGAUGAUGAGAGUCACAGUUAUCAGGAAGUUGAGGGUUCACAGUCCUUCCCAGAGUUUAAGUUUGUGGAUGGUAUUACUCUCUGGAUGGACAUUUCAUAUACACAGGAGAGUAAAAGAAGAGUAACUGUAACUUGUGGAGAAGGGGGUAAUGUUCAUAUGUUUCAUGUGAAUGCUGAAAACACCCCAGAAGUUAUAUCAAGUCGAUGCAUAUUGUGGGAUUAUCCUGUUUCUUCAGCCAAAGUAUUCAGCUCAGCCAAUUUUCUUAGAACACCUUUCUUUCUUGAGGACAUCCUCAGACUACAAAAGCAAGAGUCUCCAAGAAAUGAAGAUGAACUUUCCAUUGUUGUAGGAACAACUUUAGAAUCUUGCUUUGUAUACAGAGAUUUUGCCAAAGCCCAAAAAGGAUUUAGAUUGCCAGAGUCAGAUGCAAAUGAUGCUGUCACAUGCUGCAUUGUCUGUGAUAUUGAUCAAGACGGCAUUAACGAAAUAUUGAUGGGGACUUAUGGCCAGGUUGUUCUGGUUUACAAAUGGAUACAGAAGACUUCAGAGUGGAUCCUUUACCACACCGUUUCACUCCCGUGCCCUGUACUGUCACUGGCUUAUUGUGAUGUAAUGGGAGAUGGUACAUUUCAGCUGAUUGUUUUGACAUCAACUGGAAUUCAUAUUCUUCAG